GACUUGCUUUAAUGCGUGGCACUUGAUCUCCUCAAUCUUGAGGUCUUAAGCUGGUGAACACAGCGUUAUUUGUUCAUUGCAGAUAUGUACAUUUAUUUUCCUUCAAAUGCAUCAGUUUUAUUUUGAACAGCAUUGUAAACUUGUAAUGCCUGUUUGCUUUCAAAUACAGAACAAGAGUUUACAAUCUUUGAUGUUUUGUAAUUUAUUUUUUUUUUUACAGUGGUACUGGUUCGAUCAAUUUACCGCAAUUGUUUCCUGCAAAAACGUAAACUGACUGUGAACAAAAUUCUAUGCAAAAUGCAUAUGUAUUGCUUUUUAUUAUAUGGUGCAAUGGAGUUCUUUGACAUUUACCAGUGCAAGUUAAAACUAACUCUUAAGUACGGCAUGUUUGCUUUAGCAGUCGCCACUGAUAACCAGCAAUUGUAUAAACAGCUGUUGAAUACUUGGACAAAGAAUUGCUUAUCUAGAAAACCUCUAUAAUGACUUAAACAAGAAAAGAGCACUUUACCCUGGCAUUUACCUCAAUUAUUCCAAUAUGGAGACAGUGGAAGUGAUCUUUAGAGAAGCAAAGGCUACUGUAUUAUUCAUUAUGCUGGGCCCUGGUAGAAAGUAAGAGUAACAGUGCUCAGGUUUCACCCUGUUACUCUCACUCUUUCAAUGUCCAGCGUAUCCACGUGAGCAUGAGGGCAAGGGGAAUGGAAAUGGCUAGCAAGGACUGUGUGAAAGUGGCAGUCAGGGUCAGACCCUUCAAUAAGAGGGAGCGGGAUGCUGGCAGCCGCUGCGUUAUCUCAAUGACCUCCAACAAUAUCAGCAUUCAAGACCCUCGUAACCCACAGAACAGCCGCACAUUCACUUUUGACUACACUUACUGGUCUCACAGUGGCUUCAGUAGGAACAAAGAUGGUCUGUUUGUACCCGAGGAAACAGGUGGACGCUACGCUGACCAGGCCAGCGUGUUUCUGGAUUUGGGGCAGGGCAUCCUUGAUAACGCACUGCAGGGCUACAAUGCCACAUUACUGGCUUAUGGUCAGACUGGCUCUGGGAAGAGUUACUCCAUGGUCGGUUAUGGUCCUAACAAAGGCCUGAUACCCACCCUCUGCGAGAGACUGUUUCAGUCCAUCAGGAGCAUGCAAGACAGCAGGCAGUGUCAGGUAUUUUUCAGCAUGUUGGAAAUUUACAAUGAACAGGUUGCAGACCUGCUAUCAAAAACCAGCCGGUCUGCGGGGGGCCUGAGGGUUCGAGAGGACCAGCAGAGGGGUUUCUAUGUAGAGGGGCUGAGACGGGUGCCCUGUGACAGUGCAGUACAGGUGGAGCAGCUGAUGGAGCAGGGAACACGAACACGCACCACUGCAGCCACGCACAUGAACGCCAACAGCAGUCGCUCGCACAUGCUCAUCAUCAUCCAGCUCAAACAGAUUUUCUCAAAGGAGUGCAUCACCAAACAGUCCAACAUUUAUUUAGUGGACUUAGCCGGUAGUGAAAGACAAAGGUCAUCGGGGUCAGAGGCUGACAGGUUGAAAGAGGGCACUGCCAUCAAUCUCAGCUUAACUACCCUCGGAAAUGUCAUCAGUGCUCUAGCAGACAUGACACUUGGAAAGAAAGUAGUUCACAUUCCUUAUAGAGAUUCUGUCCUCACCAAAUUGCUGCAGUCUGCUCUUGGCGGUAACAGUCGAACCGUCAUGAUUGCAACCUUGAGCCCUGCAGAUAUUUGCUACGAAGAGUCUCUUUCUACUCUUCGAUAUGCAGAGAGGGCCAAGCGGAUCCAGAAUAAAGCAGUGGUGAAUGAGAGUCCCACAGAACGACUGGUGAAGGAACUCAAGGCAGAGAACGCAAAACUACUUCUGAGACUAAGCAGACUGGGCCAAGAAGGCCGUAAAGCUGAUGAUGAGACGAAGGAGCUCCGGCGAUUGUUGACACAUAAUGAGCUGCAGAUUCGAGCCAUUCAGACGUUGUGGGAACAACAUCUUCAGGAAGCACUGAAAGACUGGGAGACUCAGUAUGCAACUAUAACACAGGAACGAAGGAUGAUGCAAAUGCAUCCAUACAUAAUGAACAUCAAUGAGGAUGCUCAGCUGUCUGGUGUAGUGAAGCUCUUCAUUCAGGAAGGUGAAUGGGAUAUUGGUUUGGCAGAAAACUCUUCCAGAUCGCUCUGUAUCAGGGGUCUAGGCAUUCAGGAGAAGCAUGCCGUUUUCUCAAACCAGCAAAGGAGAGUAUCAGUUACUCCUUUGUCCGGGUCAAAGGUCAUUGUGAACGGCGUUCCUGCAUCUAAGAGGAUAGAGCUGCAACAUUUGGAUCGACUCGUCUUGGGCUCCAACAGCACUUACCUGUUCAUCGGCUUCCCUUCAGAGCGCUCAGUAGAGGACUGGAGCCGUUAUGAUUAUGAUUAUUUCCAAUCUGAGCUGGCAGCAGCUGAGGGCUUCCACAUUCAGUCUCUGUGUGACGACCAGGGCCGCCGGCCACACCAGCCUGACCCCAGUCUACUGGCUGUGUUUUAUGACUAUAUAAAGCUGAUGCCCAUGGUGACUGAAGCUAAUCAAAUGAGUAAAGAGCUAAAGAAGGGAGUUGAAUUCAAGUUGGAAAUCAAGAACCUGGCAAUGUCAGACUCUAAGGGUCAUGACCUGGAGAAGGACACUGCGGUGAGAGUGACGUCUGUGGAGAGCAAACAGGUAUGGAUGUGGUCCAAAGCCAAAUUUGUCAACCGUAAGUUUCUGAUGGAGGAGGUGUACCAGCAGCAGGUGGUAGGAGGAGACGGGGCAGACCGAGCUCCUCUUCCCAGGGACAGAGACCCGUUCUGGGACCCUCUGGAGCCCCUGCACCUGGGCAGUGCUCACCUGUGGCUGCAGUCCCUGGCGUUUCGCAUCCCUCUGGAGGAGCAGGUGGAGGUGGUGGGUCCGGAAGGAACGGAGGAGGCCAUACUGCAGGCACAGCUAGUGCCCUGCAGCCCAACGGGAUUGCCCCUGGGUGAAGACGACAUCCUUAUAGACCCGUCAGAGCUGCUUGGGAAACGACUGGACUUUCAGCUGGUUUUGGAUCAGUGCUGUGGCCUGCGCUGGGUGAAAGAGGCCCGUAACAGAGGAGUGCAGAUCGGGUUUCAGGUGUUUGACUGUCCUCAGCCUCUCUACACUCCAGCGGUGUGGCACAACGUGAACCCACUCUUGGAUCACAGAGUCCAGUUCACUGCCCUGAGAACGUCUCAGGAACUGCUCAGCUACCUUCAGAGCAAUGCCCUGGUGCUGGAGCUGUGGGGCCUGCAGGAAGGAUGUUCUGAAAUGGUCUCCUGUAUGGAUGGAGUGAAGAUGACCCAAGAAGACGGCAUUAUUAUCGACAAGAUCAGUGCAUCAGAACACUCAACUGCAGAAAGCGUAGGAUCUGACCUCAGCUCAUCUCUCCGAGCCCUUCAUCAGGACUUGGAACAGCUGAGAAAUGCUAACGCGGUGCUGAAGAAAGAAAACGGUGCUCUGAGAGAGCAGCUCAACUCGGCCAGAAAUGGUGUGGAGAAUAACCGUGGUCGGCAGGAGCGCAGAGGCAGUCUCAGGCCCAGCUGUGAUGCUGAGUUUGCCAAAGCUUUAAAAGUGUUCUACCACAGCAUGACCUCUGUUAGGGGGCAACUUCAGCGGCUGCGCAGACACAGACCCAGCGAGGAAGCGGACCUGCUGGGUCUUAGACUGUUUGUGGAUGAACAUACGUAUCUCCUAAAGGACUUUUCUGAACAGCUGGAGCAGUGCGUCACCGCUCUCAAACAGGAUGUGGCUGCCAUUGUGCGUCGGAAGAGAGAAAAGUCUGGGAUUUGGUCCUGAUACGCUUUAUUAAGUGAACUUAUAAGACUGAAUCUCGAUUGAAGGCUGACAAAGUGCUAGAUUCAUGAAAAAGACUGCAUUUUUUAUAUUAUUAAUACUAUCAAUUCUCUGAUCUUAGGAGUGCAUGUAGAAUGGGACACUACCUAUUACUUUGAACAGUUAAAUAUGGAAUAUAUUGUAUAUUCCUGUUUAACAAAUCAGUUGUAAAUAGUAUUUAUGGAUAUUAAACGGCUUUCCGGAAACAAAUGUAACUUCUGUGACAUUGUUUACAAGUGGUUUUUGCACGUACGCUGUUUCGUGGUCAAUGAUUUGCUUUGCUGUGAGGGCUGCCAUGUCAAUGGCUACAUUAGGUGUUGUUGGUUUUGUUUCGUAGGAGGGGUGUUUUGCAUGCGUUUUGCAACCAUCUGUACGCACUCCGAUUUGCAUUUUACAAAUGAACCGUUUUAUUUUGCCAAUAACCGUGCUGUUUGCUUGUUGUCUACGGCUGGAUUGGCCUUUGAAGAGCUAGAAUUCUCAGAGGUAAUUUUUUUAAGAAGUGGACAUAAUAAGCUAGUAGUAAACGGGUGAUCGGUCCAUAUGACGCUUUAACUGAGGGGCUACAGCAAUGUCACACUGAAUUGAUUUUUAUGAUUACACUGACAGAAUUGGAAAGCUGAGACUUGUGAAAUUGCUUAUGGCAAUUCAGAAGCGGUAAUUAAUUCAAUUUACUUCACAAAUCCAGGAAUUAAGAAACGGUGCUUCAUCAAAAUAAGCAUCGGUUGGAAUCGAAAAAAAAAACAAUAUUGUCAACCCAACCCAACACAGAAUAUGUUGUGACAUACUGCAUAGUUUCACAGGCUAUAAAAGUACUACAUUUCAGUUGCAUAACAGACAAAGAAUAGAGUUUGAUAUGUUCUUUAUUUAGUUAGAAACAAACCAGAACAACAUUCUGCAAUCUUUCAAGCGACUCACAGAUUCAUUGGUCUCUAAAACAUUUUUUUUCCUCUCAUUUCUUGUAUUAAACUGUUCUGCUAAAGUUACGUGAUUCACAAAUAAAACCACUCAUGACUAAUACAAAAA